CGAACACACACCAACCCCAUUAUAUGAGCACUCAUUCUACCUCUCUUAACCCCACUCCCUUCACAUUCACAGGCAACAAUUAUAAACCUCAGUUUUGCUGUGCAUGCAUAUUAUUGGAGUUUAAUUAAUUUCCCGUUUCAUUGUUAAUUAUUUGAAGGCUGAAACUUCAUUUUAGAGCGUGAUUCUAGAAUUGAUGCUCGCGGUGUCACCUUUGAGGAGCACCAAAGAUGAAAACAAAGGAGAGAUGGAGAGUUUUUCGAUGGGAACCGCAACCCAUGAUUUUGGUGACUUUUCAGAUGGGAACUUAUUGGAAAUCAUUGACUUUGAUGACCUCUUUGUUGGUGUCGACGUCGAAGGCGAUGUCUUGCCGGAUUUGGAGAUGGACACUGAGAUGUUCGCCGAGUUCUCCUCCGUCAGCGGCGGCGAGGAAUCGGAGAUGAACUCGUCGGUUUCGGUGGAAAACAGCAAAGGUAGUGAUGAACAGAAUAGAACUAGUUCGAAGAAUGAAGAUGAAGAUAAGACUUGUUGUGGUUCGGGUCAACGUUCGGGGUCAACCCUAGGGGAGGAGAUAGUGAGCAAAAGAGAUGAAUCCGUUGAGGUGAAUCCUUCCCCAAAGGAUGGUGCAAAAGGAAGAAAAUCUUCAGCUCAAUCAAAGAAUCCUCAAGGGAAGAGAAAAGUCAAGGUUGAUUGGACCCCAGAAUUGCAUAGGCGAUUCGUGCAAGCUGUGGAACAGCUAGGAAUGGAUAAGGCUGUGCCUUCGAGGAUUCUGGAGAUUAUGGGAAUUGAUUGUCUCACUCGCCAUAACAUUGCUAGCCACCUUCAAAAAUAUAGAUCCCAUAGAAAACAUUUGCUAGCGCGUGAAGCUGAAGCAGCAAAUUGGAGUCAAAGGAGACAAUCAUAUGGUGUAGCAGCUGCAGUUGGAGGAGAAGGGAAGAGAGAUGUUAGCCCUUGGCUUGCACCCACCAUGGGUUUCCCUCCCAUGACUCCAAUGCACCAUUUUAGACCCCUACAUGUAUGGGGUCAUCCCUCCAUGCACCACUCCUUUAUGCACAUGUGGCCUAAAAGUCUACCACAUUCUCCGUCACCACCACCGCUCUCAUGGGCACCAGCAGCAGCUCCUCCACCACCACCACCUCAAGACCCUUCAUUUUGGCAUGUCCUGCAGCACCAGCAGGCCCCAAACGAACUAAUCCCAGCAGGAACACCUUGUUUUGCACAACCUCUGACAACAACGAGAUUUGGAUGUCCACCUGUCGCUGGCAUCCCACCCCUUGCCAUUUGCAAAGCAGAUCCCAUCAAUGGCGUACCUGGUCCCGUGCCCCUCUUCGAUUUCCAUCCGUCAAAGGAGAGCAUAGAUGCAGCUCUUGGAGAUGUUCUAUCAAAACCAUGGCUUCCACUGCCUCUUGGACUGAAGGCUCCAGCGCUUGAUAGUGUUCUGAGUGAAUUACAGAGACAAGGAAUUCCACACAUUCCACCCUCUUGUGAUUGAAUACCAAUCCUUCAUGUGGUGUCCUCUUGAAAACAACUAAACCCUAAUUCGACGACUUCACUUCUAUUACAUGUUGCAUUGCAUAUAUGUUAUCUAAUCUAGAAUGUGACUCGUUCAUAUUUUUCUUCUCUCGCUUUUACCAACAAAAUGGAAAAAAAAAAAAAAAAAACUUUUAAGAAUAUUUGUUUCUUUUCUAAUGUGCGAUAUAUAUGGCACGAGUUAUAACUUAUAAUAGUUUCAACUCUUGAUCAUUAACCAUAUGUGUAUGUGCGAUUGUAAAGGCAGUGAUUUUUGUAUUAGUCGUAGUAGGAGACUAAUAAGG